UCUCCCUCUCUCUGCCUCUCCGUCUCUUUCUGUCUCUCCACAAUUCCCACCGCCUGGUACCAGCAACAGCGCUAGAGAGGGAGAGAGAGGUGGAGAGAUGGAGGGGUGACAUAAAACGGUGCAGAGAGGAAGGAGGAGAAGAGAAAGGGAACCGGACUGCACGCGCUCAAACCUCUUCAUGUCUUCACAUAGAUAGAAUAUUUCCGGAUUUUUUCCUUCUUUUCCUCCAUGCGGUGAUUUUUGUUUUUUAAAAGAGCAGUAGGAGAGCCGUGACCGGCAUCAUCAAAAUCUUUGACAUAGUCCAUGCACACACUCUCAGGCGUAUGGAUAGUACAGACAUAAACGGAGAUGUAUUUUAUUUUAACAUUUGGACUCCAGUGUGAGGAAUAAGGUGUGAGGGGUUAUUCAGACACGCACACAGGCGCGAAACGGACUUUAAAGCAAAGGCUUCAAAUCAUUUUUCAUUGCUGUUACGUUGCGAAGUUCAACAAAUCUGAGGACUUGAAUCGUGACAACAUGGAUGGAUUCGAUGCGUUAUUUGGCGCAUUCGGCGUCCGUCGCUCUCCGAGGAUACGGCGCUGCUGGAGGCUUUUCUUUCUGCUCAGUGUCCUUUUUCACAACUACAUGAGCUCCUUGUUGGACUGUCCGCCCACCUGCACCUGCUCGCCCACGGAAAUCUACUGCAAUAAGUCCGACAACAGCAAAUUCUUCCCACUGCUAUCUUUCCAGGGCACCGGGAGCGCCGGGAACAGUACAGGGAGCAUCGAGGACCUUUAUCAGAACAUCACCUCCAUACACAUUGAGAACUGGACUGGUCUGCAGACUUUGCGGGAUGUGGAUAUGGAGCUCUACACCGGCUUACAGAGGCUAACUAUUACAAGGAGCAACCUGCACAUGAUCCAGAGUCGUGUUUUCUCCAAGAAUCCCUACCUACGCUACAUGUUAACACAGGGUCAACAACAGGGUCAAGUGUUGCACAAGAAGAACCAGUCAGCGCAGCAUUAGGACUAAUUUUAUAACAACAAGAAAUAAAAUACAUUUUUUAAGUAAAAAAAGAAAAAUAUGAAAUAUCACAAAAUAGAAUGUCAAAAUAUGUAUCAAUGUACAAGUAUGACAGGGUUAUGUUAAGUAUAUACAAGUAUUAGUAGAUAUGAACACUAUUAAAAAAUACUGAUGUUGAUCAUGAGAGUAAAGUGACAAGUGUACACAGGCGUGUUGCAACAGUCCUGGUUGACUGUGUUUUUGCAGACAGGGUAAAGUUACAGGUGUUUUCAGAAGUAUUGCACAAAAAAUAUCAAGUCCUUGCACAGUGGCA